AUGGCCAGCAGCACCGAGGCGACCUCGACGGGCAAGUCGUACUCGACCGACCCGGCGCUCUACAUCUACACCUCGCUGACGGCGGGAUCGUCACACAUCGUCACGGCUACGUCGCGGCUUGAGACCAUCCUUCGCGCCAACCGCGUGCCCUUCAAGGCCAUCGACAUCGCGACGGACGAGAAGGCGCGCAUGAUAUGGGGCCGCCGCGCCGGCAAGGACGAAGGGGGCCGCCCGCGCAAGCUGCCCGGCUUAGUCCAGAGUGGCCUGGUGCUUGGUGACCUUGUCGAGAUCGAGGACUGGAACGAGUACGGCGAGCUCAAGCAGCACGUCACCAUCUACUACGACGAGUUCACGCAGCCGCCCAUCAGCCAAGCGCCCAAGACACCCGCGGCAGCGCCCGUCAAGGCCGCAGCCGGGUCUCUUGGCUCCUUUGCCGCCGAAGCCGCAGCAGCAGCAGCCACGGCCGCAUCCGCAUCCGCAUCCGCAUCGCCGGCGCCGCCUGCCCCUCCCCCAGCGCCGGUGCCCAAGAGCGCCUCCCCCACCGUGACAGCGCCGGGGAAGACAGUGACGCUGCCGAUCCGCAGCAUCGCCGAGGAGGCCGCACAAAAGGCAAAGCAGGUGCACCUCCAGAGCCUGCGCGACAAGGUAUACGGAAAAGGGGGCUCGCCGACAGAUGCAGAGUCGUCGUCACCAUCGCCGGCUCCAGCAGCAGCAGCUGCUACAACAGCCAAACAAGAAGACAAAAAGAAGCCUGCCGAAGAACCCAAAGCAGCAGCAGCAGGGACAAAACCAGCAGCAACCCUAAGAAAGCCCACGACGGCGCCCACAGCAGCGGGGCUCCAGUCCCCGACGUCGAGCGGGUGGAAAGACAACAGCGCCUUCCGGCUGCAGAGCCCGACGUCGACGACGUGGCAGCCGACCGACGUUGACGGGCCCGUGACUACUUAUCUCGGAUCUGUAGUGUCGCAGGCGUCGGACGAGGAGAUUGCGGCAGUUGAGCGGGCCGAGACGAUCCCCGAGGAGGACGAGGACGACAGUGAAGAGGAGGAGGAGGAGGAGAAGGGCAAAGAAAAAGAGAAGGAUAAGCCCAAGAAGUGA